CGGAAAUUUGUGCGAUUUUAUCUCCCUCAGAAAAGAAGAAAAACCCGGAAAGGCGGAAUUAUGUCAGAGCCGACCAAGGACGAUCUACGGAAGGAAAUUGCCGUCAUCCUAAAGGAUGCCAACCUGGAGGAGACGGCCGCCAAGAAGGUGCGGCUCCAGCUGGAAGCCAACCUCAAGUGUGACCUGUCCGCCCGCAAGAAGGAAGUGGACGACCUGGUAAUGGAGUACGUCAACGCCCAGGACGAAUCCGGCGAGGAAGACGAGGAAGACGACGACGAAGAGGAGGAGGAGGAGAAAUCUCCGAAGAAGAACAGCAAAAAGCCAGCCGCCAAGAAGAAGGCCGACAGCGAAGACGAAGACGAGGAGGACGAAGAGGAAGAGGAAAAUUCAGAGGACGACAAAAAGAAGAAGGGCAAACGCGGAGCGCCAGCCAAGCGCAGUGUCCCGCCCAAGAAGAAGAAGCGCGGUUCGGACAGUGAGGAGGAAUCGGAAGGCUCGGAGGAGGUUUCCGAUGACGAUUACAAACCGACUAAAGGACCUAAGGGCGCUGCCAAGAAGGCGGGCCCCGGCCGCAAGAAGAAGGGAGGCUCGGAUUCCGACUCGGACGAAGACUGGAAGCGAUCGAAGCCGAAGGCCAAGAAGGCGGCCCCCGGUGCCAAGAAGGGUGGCGGAAAGGGAACCGGCUUCACCCGGCCGUACAACCUUUCGCCGGAGCUGGCGGCCAUUUGCGGGGCGGAGGCACUGCCACGGCACGAAGUAGUCAAGAAGGUCUGGACCAUCAUCAAGGAGCGCAAUCUGUACGACCCGAAGAACAAGCAGUACGCCAUCUGCGAUUCCGAGCUACAGAAGGUGAUCGGGGUCAAGCGGUUCCGCACGUUCGGCAUGCUCAAGUAUUUGAAACCGCAUUUCCUAGAUUAAGGGGAGGUUCGUCGGUCGCUGCUAGGAGUCACCUUUCCUUUCCUUGCUGCUUACAGAAUUAUUCUUAGAAAGCGAAACGUUGAUUGUAGUGUAAAAUUGGAGGACUUCUUCCAAGUAAUUGUAACCGAGCAGCCGCAGGAAAUCCGUGCGGUGCGUUUUAAGCGAAAGAUGGCGGCGGUAAAGGACAGGCAUUUUUGGCGAUCGGUUCUGGGGGGAUUAGCUUCCUGGGGGUGAACGCAAUCCUAAUACCUAUAAUACAUUGUGUAUUAAAACCAGUCUAAUUCAACUAUAUUUUUAAACAUUUCAACUACAAUAUCAAUCGAUCGAGGAGAAGACGAAUGACGAGGACGAUGCAGGAGAAAAAGAAGAAUAAAAAGAACACUAGAUGAUUAAUUAGAGUGCUAAUUUUAAGUAUAUGGGAGUUUUAGCGACCAGAUAAUACACAAAAUUUAGUUUGACUGUGUAAGAACGUAAAUCGUGAGUUUCUACGAGUAACGAUAAUAAACUAUCAACUUACUGGAAAAUAA